UCUCUUGUCCUCAACUUCUCAUUCAUGGCUUCCAAGAGUGUUUUGCUAUUGCUUGUAGUGUUUUUUGCUUCCUUAUCAUCCUUGUCAUUUUCAGAGAAAAUUAUAGUUGGAGACUCAAAUCAUUGGCGGUUUGGUUUUAAUUACACUGAUUGGGCUAUGAAAAAUGCACCAUUUUAUCAACAUGAUUCUCUUGUGUUCAUGUAUGACCCUCCAAAUAGCACAACACCACCACACAGUGUGUAUCUACUGAAGGACCUAAAUAGCUUUUUGGCUUGCAAUCUCAAAGGAGCUAAGUUGGUGGGCAGUGUGGUUCAAGGUGGUGGACAAGGCUUAGAGUUUGUUCUAAAGAAGAGGAAGCCUCAUUACUUUGCUUGUGGUGAACAUAGUGGAGUUCAUUGCAACCUUGGCCUCAUGAAGUUCUCUGUCUUCCCUAUCAAGGACUCUUGCCAUGGUUAAUUAUUGGAAAAUGAUGAUCAUGAUAUUGAUAAGAAGAAAUUAAAUAAAAUUAAUGACCAUCAAGAAAUCAUCUAGUUAAUUAAUUAAUUAAUUAAGUCUUUGUUAUUCAUGUUUGGUUUGAGCUUAAGUUUUUAACCUUUGUUGUUUUAGUACUUGUCAUUGAAUUAGUAAAUUAUAGAAUCAUUAAUGUUUUUGUUUUUGUGAGAGUUUUUUCUCUUGUAAUGGAGUCAAUGUAAUGC